UUAAUUACAGGUUUGUGAUCAUACAAUGAACAUACGGUAUAUAAAUGCAAAGAAUCCGGGGGCAACGCAUGAUUCAAUGAUUUUCAACAUGUCAGCAUUGAAAGCAUAUUUAGAACAGCAAGUCGAAAAUGGUCUUCGCAAUACUUGGCUACUUGGAGACGCUGGAUACGCUCUAAAAACAUAUUUGAUGACACCUUUUAGAAAUUCUGAAGAAGGAUCUCCAGAAAGCAGAUACAAUACACAACAUUCGAGAGCAAGAAAUAUAGUAGAGCGCACUAUUGGAGUGUUGAAAAAUAGAUUCAGAUGUUUGUUACAAGCAAGAGCUCUCCACUAUUCUCCAAAAAAGGCGACACAAAUUAUUAAUGUUUGUGCAGCUUUACACAACAUUUGCAUAUUUUAUAAAGUCGAAAUUUCUCCUGAAGAAUUUCCUAAUGAGGCAAACGACAGUCAUGGUGGAGUCAUUGAAGUUGAAUCUGAUAACGACUCGGAAGCAGGAGCAAUUAGAAAUCGUAUGUCAAGAACGUUUUAG